CGUACAAAGGCCGGGAGGGAGCGUGUGUGCAGGGGAGAGAAACCACCGAGGACAAAGAGCGCGCCAGCCGCCUGCCUCCCAGCGCCUCGGUUCUAACCAGCACCUGCCCGGCAGGCGGCCGUGCCGUGACCGGUGACCCGACCCAGCGCCCUGCCGUGGGGGCGAGUGUGCCCCGAGCCCCCCUCCACCAUGUUCAACCUGAUGAAAAAGGACAAAGAGAAGGAUGGGGCCCGAAAGGAGAAGAAGGAAAAGAAGGAGAAGAAGGAGCGGAUGUCGGCGGCCGAGCUCAAGAGCCUGGAGGAGAUGAGCAUGCGCCGGGGCUUCUUCAACCUCAACCGUGCCUCCAAGCGGGACUCCAAGACCCGCCUGGAGAUCUCCAACCCCAUCCCCAUUAAGGUGGCCAGCGGCUCUGACCUACAUCUCACGGACAUUGACUCUGACAGCAACCGGGGCAGCGUCAUCUUGGACUCGGGCCACCUGAGCACGGCCAGCUCCAGCGAUGAUCUCAAGGUGGAUGAUGCCAACUUCAAGGGCUCGGUGCUGCAGCGGGCGGCCAAGUUCGGCUCGUUGGCCAAGCAGAACUCCCAGAUGAUCGUCAAACGGUUCUCCUUCUCCCAGAAGAGCCGGGAUGAGAGCACCUCAGAGACGUCCACCCCCUCCGAGCACUCGGCGGCCCCCUCCCCGCAGGUGGAGGUGCGCGCGCUGGAGACCCAGCUCGCCAAGCAAGGGGUCCCCCCGGGACACACCUGCACCCCUCCCACAACCUCCCUGCGUGCCAGGGCGCCGGAGCUCGUCGGCAAGAGGUUCCCCGCCGAGCUGCGGCUGCCCGCCUUGGUGCCCCCGCAGCCCCCCACCCCGCGGCAGCUGGAGCUGCAGAGGCGCAACACCGGCGAUUUCGGCUUCUCCCUACGCCGCACCACCAUGUUGGACAGGGCCCCCGACGGGCAGGUGUACCGGCGCGUCGUGCACUUUGCUGAACCCGGAGCCGGCACCAAAGACUUGGCAUUGGGGUUGGUGCCGGGUGACCGGCUGGUGGAGAUCAACGGACGAAAUGUGGAGAACAAAUCCCGAGAUGAGAUCGUGGAGAUGAUCCGGCAGUCGGGGGAGACGGUGCAGCUGAAGGUGCAACCCAUCCUGGAGCUGAGCGAGCUGAGCCGCUGCUGGCUGCGGGGCGGCCAGGGGAUGCGCCGCGCUACCUGGGAUGCCAAGACGGAGGAGCAGAUAGCGGCCGAGGAGGCCUGGUACGAGACCGAGAAGGUGUGGCUGGUGCACAGGGAUGGCUUCUCCCUGGGCAGCCAGCUGCGGCCGGAGCAGGGCAGCCCCCUGCCCGAGGGCAAGGUGAAGGUGAAGCUGGACCACGACGGAGCUGUCCUGGAGGUGGAGGAGGAUGAUGUGGAGAAGGUGAACCCCCCCUCCUGCGACCGCGUGGAGGACCUCGCCAGCCUCCUCUACCUCAACGAGUCUAGCGUGCUGCACACGCUGCGGCAGCGCUACGGCGGCAACCUCCUGCACACCUACGCCGGCCCCACCAUGGUCAUCAUCAACCCGCUGAGCUCCCCCUCCAUGUACUCCGAGAAGGUCAUGCACAUGUUCAAAGGGUGCCGCAGGGAGGACACGUCCCCGCACAUCUACGCGGUGGCCCAGGCCGCCUACCGCAGCAUGCUGAUGAGCCGCCAGGACCAGGCGGUCGUGCUGCUGGGCGCCAGCGGCAGCGGCAAAACCACCAACUGCCAGCACCUUGUCCAGUACCUCGCCACCAUCGCCGGCAGCACCGGCAAGGUCUUCUCCGCGGAGAAGUGGCAGGCUCUCUACACCAUCCUGGAAGCUUUUGGCAAUAGCAGCACCGGCAUGAACGGCAACGCCACCCGCUUCUCCCAGAUCAUCUCUCUGGACUUCGACCAGGCUGGGCAGGUGGCAUCUGCCUCCGUACAGACGCUGUUGCUGGAGAAGCUGCGCGUCGCCAAGCGCCCGGCCAACGAGGCCACCUUCAACGUCUUCUACUACCUGCUGGCCUGCUCUGACAGCACCCUGCGGACUGAGCUUCAUUUCAACCACCUGGCAGAGAACAACGUCUUCGGCAUCGCACCCCUCUCCAAGCCGGAGGAAAAGCAGAAGGCAACCCAGCAGUUCAACAAGCUCCAGGCUGCCAUGAAGGUGAUGGGCAUCUCCAGCGAUGAGCAGAAAGCCUUCUGGCUCGUCCUCGGGGCCAUUUAUCAUCUGGGGGCUGCCGGGGCCACAAAAGACGCCGAUGAAGCCGGGAGGAAGCAGUUUGCACGGCACGAGUGGGCUCAGAAAGCCGCCUACCUGCUGGGCUGCAGCCUGGAGGAGCUCUCCUCCUCCAUCUUCAAACACCAGCCCAAGGGCACCCUGCAGCGAUCCACCUCGUUCCGGCAGGGCCCCGACGAGCCCCCCCUGGGCGAAGGCAGCACAGGUCCCAAGCUGACGGCGCUGGAGUGCCUGGAGGGCAUGGCAGCCGGCUUGUACUCCGAGCUCUUCACCCUCCUCAUCUCCCUCCUCAACAGGGCGCUGAAGUCGAGCCAGCACUCGGUGUGCUCAGUGACGGUGGUAGACACCCCCGGGGCGCAAAACCCGGAGCUGGCAGGGCAGAGCCGGGGGGCCACCUUCGAGGAGCUCUGCCACAACUACGCCCAGGAGCGCCUGCAGCUCCUCUUCCACCAGCGCACCUUCGCCCGCGAGCUGGAGCGGUACAAGGAGGAGAACAUAGAGCUUGCCCUGGCUGACGCCGAGCCCGGCUCCUCUGGCUCCGUGGCUGUUGUAGACCAGCCCUCGCACCAGGCGCUGGUCCGGUCACUGGCCCGCACAGACGAGGCGCGGGGGCUACUGUGGCUGCUGGAGGAGGAGGCACUGCAGCCGGGCGGCAAUGAGGACACCUUGCUGGAGCGGCUUUUCUCCUACUACGGCCCCCAGGAAGGCGGCAAGAAAGGGCACAACCCGCUGCUCCCCAGUGACAAGCCCCGACACUUCCUCCUGGGUCACAGCUCGGGGACCAACUGGGUUGAGUACGAUGCCACGGGCUGGCUCAACCAUGUCAAGCACAACCCGGCCUCCCAAAAUGCCUCCGUCCUGCUGCAGGAGUCGCAGAAGAAAGUCAUCAGCAGCCUGUUUGCCGGCCGUGGCGGGUCAGCACUGGUACUGUCGGGCUCGGUGGCGGGGCUGGAGGGGGGUUCCCAGCUGGCCCUGCGCCGGGCCACCAGCAUGCGCAAGACCUUCACCACCGGCGUGGCCGCCGUCAAGAAGAAAUCCCUCUGCAUCCAGAUCAAGCUGCAAGUGGAUGCCCUCAUCGACAGCAUCAAGAAGUCUAAGCUCCACUUCGUGCACUGCUUCCUGCCCAAGGCGGCGGGGGGCGGCGGGGACCCCCGGGCUGUGCCGUGCCGGCGGGUGAGCGGCAGCGAGCUGGAGCUGCCGGCGGAGCACUGCGAAGCCGGGCUCAUGCAGCUGGACGUGCCCCUCCUGCGCGCUCAGCUCCGCGGCUCCCGCCUGCUCGACGCCCUCCGCAUGUACCGCCAAGGGUACCCUGACCACAUGGUGUUUGCGGAGUUCAGACGGCGCUUUGACGUCCUGGCCCCGCACCUGACCAAGAAGCACGGGCGCAACUACAUCGUGGUGGAUGAGAAGCGGGCAGUGGAGGAGCUCCUGGAGUCGCUGGACCUGGAAAAGAGCAGCUACCACAUGGGCUUGAGCCGGGUUUUUUUCCGGGCCGGGUCGCUGGCCAGGCUGGAGGAGCAGCGGGACGCGCAGACCAGCAGGAACAUCACCCUCUUCCAGGCAGCGUGCAGGGGCUUCCUGGCACGGCAGCAGUUCAAGAAGAGGAAGAUCCAAGAUUUGGCCAUCCGGUGCGUGCAGAAGAACAUCAAGAAGAACAAGGGGGUGAAGGGCUGGCCCUGGUGGAAGCUCUUCACCACCGUGCGGCCCCUCAUCGAGGUGCAGCUCACCGAGGACCAGAUCCGUGGCAAAGACGAAGAGAUCCAGCAGCUGAAGAGCAAACUCGAGAAGGUGGAGAAGGAGCGUAACGAGCUCCGGCUCAACAGCGACCGCCUGGAGAGUAGGAUCACAGAGCUGACAUCGGAGCUGACGGACGAGCGAAACACCGGUGAAUCGGCCUCCCAGCUGCUGGACGCUGAGACGGCCGAGAGGCUGCGGGCCGAGAAGGAGAUGAAGGACCUGCAGGCCAAGUACGAUGCUCUGAAGAAGCAGAUGGAGUCCAUGGAGAUGGAGGUGAUGGAGGCUCGGCUCAUCCGGGCGGCCGAGCUCAACGGGGAGCUCGACGAUGAUGAUUCAGGUGGCGAAUGGCGGCUGAAAUAUGAGCGGGCGGUGCGGGAGAUCGACUUCACCAAGAAACGGCUGCAGCAGGAGCUGGAGGAUAAGCUGGAGGUGGAGCAGCAGGGCAAGAGGCAGCUGGAGCGGAGGCUGACGGACCUGCAGGCAGACAGCGAGGAGAGCCAGCGGGCGUUGCAGCAGCUGAAGAAGAAGUGCCAGCGCCUGGCCGCGGAGCUGCAGGACACCAAGCUGCACCUCGAGGGCCAGCAAGGACGCAACCACGACCUGGAGAAGAAGCAGCGGAGGUUCGACAGCGAGCUCUCGCAGGCGCACGAGGAGGCGCAGCGGGAGAGGCUGCAGCGGGAGAAGCUGAGCCGCGAGAAGGACGUGCUGGUGGCUGAGGUCUUCGGCCUCAAGCAGCUGCUGGAGGACAAGGACUCGGACAUCACGGGGCUGACGCAGAAGGCGGAGGCGCUGGAAGCCGAGCUGCAGGACAUCUCCUCCCAGGAGUCAAAGGAUGAGGCCUCUCUGGCCAAGGUGAAGAAGCAGCUGAGGGACCUGGAGGCGAAGGUCAAAGACCAGGAGGAGGAACUGGACGAGCAGGCUGGGACCAUCCAGAUGCUGGAGCAGGCCAAGCUGCGGCUAGAGAUGGAGAUGGAGAGGCUGCGGCAGACCCACGCCAAGGAGGUGGAGAGCCGCGACGAGGAGGUGGAGGAGAUUCGGCAGUCGUGCCAGAAGAAGCUGAAGCAGAUGGAGGUGCAGCUGGAGGAGGAGUACGAGGACAAGCAGAAGGUGCUGAGAGAGAAACGGGAGCUGGAGAGCAAGUUAUCCGCCAUCAGCGAGCAGGCCAACCAGCGGGACUUCGAGACGGAGAAGCGCCUGCGCCGGGACCUGAAGAGGACGAAGGCGCUACUGGCCGAUGCACAGAUCAUGCUGGACCACCUGAAGAACAACGCGCCCAGCAAGAGAGAGAUCGCCCAGCUCAAGAACCAGCUGGAGGAGUCGGAGUUCACCUGCGCAGCCGCCGUCAAGGCCCGCAAGUCCAUGGAGGUGGAGAUCGAAGACCUCCACCUGCAGAUUGACGACCUCGCCAAGGCUAAGGCAGCACUGGAGGAGCAGCUGAGCCGGCUGCAACGGGAAAAGAACGAAGUGCAGAGUCGGCUGGAGGAGGACCAAGAGGACAUGAACGAGCUGAUGAAGAAGCACAAGGCGGCUGUGGCCCAGGCGUCCCGGGACCUGGCGCAGAUGAAUGACCUCCAGGCACAGCUGGAGGAGGUCAGCAAGGAGAAGCAGGAGCUGCAGGAGAAGCUACAAGGCCUGCAGAGCCAGCUGGAGUUCCUGGAGCAAUCCAUGGUGGACAAGUCGCUGGUGAGCCGGCAAGAGGCCAAGAUCCGUGAGCUGGAGACCAGGCUGGAGUUCGAGCGGACACAAGUCAAGCGCCUGGAGAGCCUGGCCACACGGCUGAAGGAGAACAUGGAGAAGCUGACAGAGGAGCGGGAUCAGCGCGCGGCCGCCGAGAACCGGGAGAAGGAGCAGAACAAGCGGCUGCAGCGACAGCUCCGCGACGUCAAGGAGGAGAUGGGCGAGCUGGCCAAGAAGGAGGCGGAGGCUAGCCGCAAGAAGCACGAACUGGAGAUGGACCUGGAGAGCCUGGAAGCCGCCAACCAGAGCCUGCAGUCGGACCUGAAGCUGGCCUUCAAGCGCAUCGGGGACCUGCAGGCGGCCAUCGAGGAUGAGAUGGAAAGCGACAGCAACGAGGACCUCAUCAACAGUUUGCAGGACAUGGUGGCAAAGUAUCAGAAAAGAAAGAGUAAACUCGACGGCGACUCGGACGUGGACUCGGAGCUGGAGGAGCGCGUGGAUGGGGUGAAGUCCUGGCUCUCCAAGAACAAAGGCUCUUCCAAAGCACUCUCAGACGACGGCAGCCUGAAGGGCAGCAGGUCAGCCCCGCCGGAUGGUCCCGAGGCCGAGGAGCGGCCGGUGUCCGUGUUGAGCUGCCUCAGCUAUAGGAAGCGGCCGGGCCUCAAGGACUCCAUAGGUGGCCACGGGGACGAGCAGACGCUCUUCAGCGCGCUCAGCGAGCGACCGGCUUCCCCCGAGCGUGCUGCCCACAGAGCGGCCCGCAGCGGCGAGCCCGAGGACCGGGCGGCCGUCAUCGCCCGAGCCUUCGCCGACGCCAGCGGCCGGGCUCGGCAAGGGCUGGGCAAGCGUUGGUCCCUCUCGGCUGCCGACGGCGAGAAAGCCUCCGUUGCCUCCGCCCCGGUGAGCCGGGCCUCCUCCGCCACUUGGCGCGGGCUGGAGGACGGGGAUGAGGGGGACGAGGGCUGCUCGGUGCUGAGCUUCGCCCUCUCCAGCCCCGGGAGCUUGCGGAGCCGGCGCGGGGGGCCCGAGGGUCGCCCCGAGUCGCGGCUCUCCCUGGCCCGCAGCCGCCUGGAAGAGGCGGACGAGGGGUCCCGUGGGCAGCCCCCCCUGGGGCGCAGCUUCUCCGUGCCUCCCCGGCCCCGCAGCGCUGCCUGAGGAGGGGGUUCCUGGGGACGCCCGCCCCGUGGGGCACCGCUCCUACCUCGACUCCGAUCUGGAAGCCGCCAUCCAGGAGGUACUGAGCUACCGCCCGCCACGGGCCAGGGGCUGCUCCAGCCCCGAGGCCGAUUCGGGGGACGACGGCCGGAGCGUGCGGAGCGUGCGGAGCGCAGCCCCCCUGGGUGCCGCCGACCGCCCCCCUGGCAGCCUCCGUCGCUCCGCAUCUGCCCUCGACUUCUCCCGGCGUGCCGGCCGGCGCCGCAGCAGCUCAGCCUCCUCCGAGGAAGAGGAGCGGAAGAAGAAGAGUGCCAAGAAGCAUGCCAAGAAGGCCAAGAAGAAAUCCAAGAAGAAGAAGAAGAAGCAGCAGUCGUCAUCCGACUCAGAUUCCUCCUCCGAUUCCUCCUCCAAUUCCUCCUCCGGCUCUACCAGCUCCUACCGGAGCACCUCCAGCGUCAAGAAGGGCCCGCAGGCGGUGGGGGGCGAGGAGCCAGGACGUCCCGGCCGGGGCAAGAAGGAGGAGAAGCAGCGGAAGAAGCAGGUCGACAGCCUGGUGAUGAAGUAUUUGUACCGGCCCGAGAGCGACUGAGGCAGGAGCCCCCCGAGCUCCCGGCACCUUUUCGCCUACGACAGAUGGGAUGAGGAGCAGGAUGCCGGGGAAAGCACACGCCGCUCCUCCCGCAGCUCCCCCAGCGCCAGCGAGGCAGAGAGCCGGACCGCCGAGACCCCCGCCUAGCACCCCCCCACCAUUUCCCAUCGCCCCAAAACCACUCAGCUCCACGGGGCCAACCCGGGCAGCCGGUAUUUCUUCUGCAUGGGGCAGGGGGGGACACACGCAGCUGCUCCCCCCAGUCCCGGCCAUGGGGGGAGCAGCCCGGCCGGCUCGCUGGCUGCAGCCCCCCCGGCCGCCCCCACCCUCCCACCUCCCGUCUGUCCUCGGCGGCAGAGCCGGCUGCUCCAGCACCCUGGGUUUAUUCCUCAGUGCCUGCUGGUUCCUUAUUUUAUAACUUAAACUCCCCCCAACCCAGGCACCCCCACCCCGGUCCUCUUAAGCCCCUUUUAGUUGAGCCAAAGACGUCUCUCGCUGGCCGGGCCCUGGGGAGCAGCCGCCCCGCAGCCGGGAAGGGGACAUGGGGACGGGGUCCCACAUGCCCCCUUGGGUUGUCGUCACCCCCCCUUACCCCCACCCCCCACCCCACCUGGUUGUUUUGCACUAGCCCAGCUGUGCGUUUCUCCCCCCCCCCCCCACUUUACUUUCAGUAUGAAAAUAAACGUCAUUUCUGGCUGGUGA